GGGAGAAGGAGACAUGUAAUGCACUCUAUAAAUAUCGAAAACGUCUGUUUAAUUUUCUUUCUCUUACAAUUGUCUAUUCACAAACCCUAGAGAUCCAUUCUUCGAAAGCCUGAGAUCAAAAUCCAAAUUCUUUUUUCCUCUUCUUAUAAUUUUCCCUUUAUCCAUCAAGAAAUUAUGUGUCCCUUGAGAUUUGUAUUAGUGUUCUUCUCGGCGGUACUCGCAGGAUAUAUCGCGUGGAGGACGGUGAAUUCUACGCCGGAACUAUUCUCAGACGAGUUAUUACAAGCCGAAGCCAAGGAAAAACAAGGACUCGAUUUCAAGAGAAAGAUGGAUAAUGGGUUAUGGACGUUCGUUGAUAUGGCUAGCGGAAGAUACCUUUGGAGAAAUCUCAAGGAGAUGCGUCAGAGAAGUCAAUGACCGAUAUAAACAAAGUUUCGCCUGUUUGGCUUCUGAUAUGUAGAAAGUUGAGAACAAGAAAAAUUGUUUCUUCGUUUUCGUAAAUCUUGUCCGAAUUCAUCUGAAUUUGGUAGUUUCAUUCAUUCUUUAAUUUGGUAUUCAUGUACUUGAAUUUCAUCGUUCGUAUAAAUAAAGAAACCUUAUUCUUCCCGCC